AUGGCCCACGAUAAUCAACCGCCACAUCCCGCAACACCUCAGCAGCAGCAAAGUCAAGGGACGCCAACUUGUCGCCCACGGGAAGACGGGGAUCAAGCAUUGCAAGGACUACCCAUUCUUCAUGAACAGCGACCAAGCUUCACGGGUGGAGGAAUUCGGGGAACCGGUGGUGGACCUGGACCAAUUCGACAAGCACCUAGAGUGCAAAUGAGGAUCGUGCACGCACCGCGUCAGCAAAUGAAUCAACAAGUGGAGAUGAUGCAACCACCACGACAACAAAUGAGUCAGGAGAUGGUCCAUGCACCACGACAACAAAUGAGUCAGGAGAUGGUCCAUGCACCACGACAACAAAUGAGUCAAGAGAUGGUCCAUGCACCACGACAACUAAUGAGUCAAGAGAUGGUCCAUGCAUCACGCCAGCAAAUGGGUCAAGAGAUGGUCUACGCACCACGUCAGCAAAUGGGUCAGGAGAUGGUCUACACACCACGCCAGCAAAUGAGUCAAGAAAUGGUUCACGCACCACGACAGCAAAUGACUCAAGAAAUGGUUCACGCACCACGACAACAAAUGAGUCAAGAGAUGGUCUACGCACAACGCCAGCAAAUGAGUCAAGAAAUGGUCCACGUACCACGCCAGCAAAUGAGUCAACAAGUGGAGAUGGUGCAGAGACAAGCAUCUUUCACAAGUGGAGGAAUCCGAUUGAUCCCCGCUCGAGGACCCAUUGCCGGACUUCCAGUUCGACGCCAGCAGCCUAGUGCUCCAAUGCACGGACGAUUGCUUUUGCAGGGACCACAGGGCACCCCGAUGGUACCAAUGAGAAUCGUGCACCCGACACCAGCUCUUCGUCAACAAAUGUACCCGGCGGCGCAGAGAGAACCCAUUCCUACAAUGCCGCAGCCGCAACGCCUUGCAUCGAAACAAAUCACUGGCCCACCGAGUGCCUCAAUUAUCCCGGCAGGAUCGAGAACUCCACUGCCCAAAAUGGUCGUCGGAAAACCGCCUCUCAUCGAAAAGUCGCGCUUGGACAAAAUCGCGAAGGAAAUCGAUCCGCAUUUGGUGUUGGAUGAUGUUGUGAAAGAUGCGAUCAUCGAGAUGAGCGACGAGUUUAUCAAUGAUGUCAUUGAUAAAGUUUGUGUGCUAGCCAAAAAUCGUGGAGCACUCUUGGUGGACGGUAUAGAGGGCCCUCAUAAAAUUGAGGCUUCCGACACGCGACUUGUUCUGGAUACCGUUUACAAGAUCCCAUCUGCACCAUGUGAACUUAUUCGCGAGUCGAAGGGCGAACCGGCAAAAGUCGAAGAAAGACCACCAGCUUCAUAUGCUCAACAAGCUCGAGCUCAAUUGAGCAAGAAUCUUUCGAAACAGUUUGAUUACUUUAAUGGU